CGCACCUAGUACCAAUUACAUGAUAUUUUUCCAGUCUUCCACAGAAGCACACAAAUCCAGGGCUCGCUAGGGUCUAAAAAAGCAGAAACGUCAACUAUGACGCUGAGAAUUGGUAAUAAACUGUGAAAAUUGACGACCGAGAUCAGAAAAGACAUCAAUCAACUAUUAAAAUUGACUUGAGUUAUAUAUCCAUUUCAGAAAAUGCCUCUGGUAGGUCACAGAAGAAGACACUACGAAACGUUAACGAAAAUUGCCAACUCUGUACGGCUGAACACAAUACGGACCCUUAAUGCGCAAAAUCCAGCAUCUCUAUACUGUCUUCCUAUCGAGUUAAUCCAAUAUGUCUGUCAGUAUCUCCCUAUCGCGGAAACGUUCUCUUUAGUACUAAGCUGCGCUCGAUUUUGGCAUGCCAGAGCCAGUAUCCAAAAAUUUAUCAAGGCACACCGGUUACUAAAAGCACGAAUCUACCCGGAUUGGGAAUUUAUUGAAGCGCGUUUUCAUAUCCUCCGUUUAAUGGAAUUUGAUAGACUCCAUGGUCUAGGCAGCCGGUCUUUUUGUUGCUGGUCGUGUAUGACGACUCACUCAAAAUCAUUAUUUGGAUAUAUUUUUUGGCCACGUGUGGAUCUCAAGUUCUCAAUUGAAGAGCAAAGGAUAAAAUGCACGGCUCAAAACACCCGCAGUUGUUACGAUAAGCAAAGGAAGAUUUGGGUUGGCAUAUGCUCUGAAAUGACAUAUGCACAGCUCCGAAUCUUGGUAUUCGGGAUACAUAAUUGCAAAGAGCGCACUACAUCAUCUAUUACAAUCUCAGCGGGUUUUUCCGAACACAUCGAAUUCGAUUUAAGGACCUAUAGCCUCAAAUCCCGGUUCUACCUUGGGAGGCUCUCGGAUCUUGGCGUCGGUGGAUUUGAUCGCCUAUGUCUGAUGGCGAAGCUUCCGAUAUGUCCUCAUACAAGAAUUAGUAUAUUCAGAGGACGUUUCCUCCGGGGCCUAAAUCCAAAUUAUGCAUACUCUUGCUAUUACUGCGGGGCGAAGUAUUACCUGACUUUGGGCCUCGAAGGAAUGAUUGAGCUCCAUAUUUCUCGCUAUGUUGGACCUCUUAAAACAGGAUCUGAGCCUGUAUGGAUCAAUGCGUCUUAUAUAUGUGUUAAGACUGCCUUCAUCGAUCACUGUCGGGCAUUUUCUGAGUGGGUACAUAGAAUGUAUAAUCCCGAAACUGGGGGUGCGUAUAACGGAGGAUUUGAGAUGUUCGUUUCCUCUGAAAAGAAAAAGUAUCGAUUUUAUGGUUCUCAACCGGGUGGGUUCUGAGCGCUAUUUGGAUUUUGUCGUCCUUCGUUUUCUGGACUUUCGCAAGCUCGGAUAGGAGAGUGUUCCUUUUUGCUAUAGG